AUGUCCAUGCAAGAUGCCAAUCGCACGCAAUCCCCUAUUUGUCGGAUCGUUGGGCUGACGAGUGAAGUAGGUAAAAAACGAAAUGGAGCCGCUGCAAAAGCAAUGACUUCCAAAACAAUCAAGACGGGAAAUGACAUUCGACAUCCCGUCUCAGUGGAUGGUUUCCCAGGUCCCAUGUCCAUCAAAACAGAGAAUAUCGAAUUCUUCCAGGAACAAACUGAAUAUAGCGUCGGUGUUGGACGAGGGACAUUAAAUGAUACUAAUUUCCGAGGAACUCUGGUACACCAAAAUCAAGUUGCUGAAAUGACCAUCAUCGAAGGCGGUGCCGCACGAUCCAGGGGAUGUAUUGCGGCCAUGGAUAAGUUUGUCAAGCAUCAUCAGCAAAAGGCAAGAGCUCCCAUUCUCAUCAAGCUAACGGAUCUUAACAUGGUACGAGCCCUGAAUCGAGCCGCCUGUGGAGAUGAUACUGUCAAAUUGGCGGAUCCUCUGAACAGUCAGUUUCAAAACAUCAAGAAGAAAUUAACCAAAAAGGACGUAUUGAUAAAAUACGAUCCCCAUAGAGUCCACGAAGACACCUUUGAAGCCAAAUCUGAACGUCUCGGUCCUCAACGAUUGCAAGCCGUCAAGGUUGGCUCGUAUCAGAUUUAUCCCUGUGCGCUCAAACAGUAUUUGGAUGCUCAUGAGAUCCGGUACCUCGACAUGUCUACUACUACUUCUACUACUACUGUUACUACAGGACGCAAGCAGUGGAUCAUUAAUCAUGAAAUAUAUUUGGAUUAUGGAAUGGAAGAAGCCACCAUGUAUGCGAAACAUGCGGCCGCUCUAGGAGAACUGGACCGCAUCUUUCCAGCCGUUCUUUCGCAAGUAGACCCGCAAGCAUUUUGGUCAGCCGUCUUGUGGUUGCAACCAUUUGUUGAAACCUUGCAGGAACUAAAUUUGGAUCAAAAUCUUAUUGACGAAUGGAAAGCACUUGAGCCUGGCAAGACCAAGAGUAAGGAAUACUUUUCCCAAUGCAUGUCGGCCUUUGGGUUCGAGCCAGCCACUUUGAAGGGCCCCGAGGAGAAUUGGGGAAUUAAAGCUAGCCAAGAUGUUCAUUUGCGAAUUGCUACGGAUUAUGCCAUUGGUGCUAUUGAAGCGAUCCAACAUUCUAUGGUAGACAACAUUCCAGACGAAGGUUUUUCUGGAGAAGUCAAGAUCCAUACGCUCGACUAUUACAUUGGAACCGAACUGGAUAAUUAUAUUAUGGGCGUCAGCAAAUUUCAUGAAAUGGCACGGCAAGAAGGCGUAGAGUAUACCGAUACAGAGAAAAUUGCCAGACUCUUUGAUAAGGCCAUGAAAUCGGCGGGAUUUGGACGGGACUCCAAGUUUCGAAUUGGAGACCCAGAGAAGGUGUGCAACAAUUGUGGGAAGAAAAGCAAGAAGAAGCUAAUGACAUGUGCAAGAUGUGAGGGAGUCUCGUAUUGCAAUACCAAAUGCCAGAAAGAGCACUGGAAGCAACACCGUGGAAAUUGCUCCCGUGUCUUUGUGCAGUUUCAAAAGCAAAUGGACAAAAUGACGUCAGGCGGACCAGUCGGAUCUAUUGUUGGUGGGCUCUACACCGGUGACGAAUCGCUUCCACCCCCCUAUAGUAUGAUUUCGGAAGCCAGUGGCACAGGCAUGCUGAGCAUCUUUUGGAAUCCUGAUGGGCAAAGCAGCAUUACUCUGUUGGAGAAUCCAGAGUCAUCUGGGAAUUCAACAUUUGACGAAGCUCGGGCUAUGAGCGGAAUUGCGACCAGCGGAGAGGCGAUGAUGAGAAACACCCAACAAUUUGAGAGUUUCUCGGAUUUGCACCCCACUCAGCGUUUUCUGGUUUGUUGCGGGCCCUUGCCACAUUUGGAGACAGCCAAACAAUGCUGUUCCGAGGCCAUUCGAUGUUGUCAAGGUAUGAUUGGGGAACUACGGGUUCCGCAACUUGGGUUCACCGCCUUGGAGUGGGCUUCGAAGAAAGGAAAUCUGGAAAUCGUCAAAUGGCUGUGUACCGAUGAACGUACCAAGGCUUUGUUAGAACAUGGCUGUCCCAUUGGUUGGGCUGGAUAUACUGGGAGAAUCGAAAUUAUGAGGUAUCUUGUUAGUAAAGGUGCCAACCCGGCCAACACUGACGCCAUACUAUGGUCGAAUCAGCCACCACUCUUUGUGGCCGCAACCAAUGGACAACUUGAAGCUUGCAAGUUUUACGUGGAAGAAUGCAAUCACAGCAUUCGAACGAAAGAUCCACAUGGAAACGAUAUUCUGAAAUGCAUCAAGAGUUCACCCAAUUGGCGGGAACUACCAGGACACGUUGCCUGUCACAAGUGGGCAAAACAACUACUCAAGAAAUAA